AUGUCUUUUUCCUUGACCCCAAACUUCCCUUUCAGACCUCCCUACCAUAACCGGGACCUCCAAACCCUACCCUUGCCUCCCUGGAUAUGUCUGACCUCUCUACCUUUGUCAGCAGGGGCUGGGGGCCAGAGAAACCAGCUACAAGAGGCAAGCAUGGAGAAUGGAGAGAGGAAGAAGCUGACUUCCACUUUGUCCGAUGGAGAUCACAAAGAAGAAAAUAAGUUAAAACAAGGAAUUCCCCAAGAUUUGUCUUCUUCCCCCAAAUUAGACAGAUACAAAAUAGCAAGACAGUUAACAGAGAAAGCCAUCAAGGAGAAGAAGAUUUUCUCCAUCUACGGACACUACCCUGUCAUCCGGGCCACGUUGAGGAGAAAGGGCUGGGUGGAAAAGAAGUUCAAUUUCUUUCCCAAACCUCUUCAGAACGUUGAAGAUAAAAGUGCUGAGACCAAAGAAAAUCAAGAAAUAGCCCUGGAAAGAUUCGAUGAUAUUCACGAUGUGAUGUCCAGGUUGGUAAAGAACGAGAUACCGUACCUCCUCUGGACCAUCAAAAGGGAUGUCGUGGACUACCACAGCCUGACGUGUGACCAGAUGCUAAACCACUAUGGGAAGACAGCAUCAUUCACGACCAAGAUUGGACUCUGCCUGAACAUGAGGAGUCUGCCUUGGUACGUCCAAGCCAACCCGAACACCUUCUUCCCCCGUUGCUAUGGCCUUUGCACUGAGAGCGAGAAGCAGGAAUUCUUGGAUGACUUCCGGCGUACAGUGGCUGCCAGCAUCCUCAAGUGGGUAGUCCAUCACCAGAAUUACUGCAACAGAGUCAAGGGCAAGAGUAAGAAGGAGGAGGCCAAGAAUGGUGACCCCAGCCCCAAGAAAGAUCCUGAAAAUCCUGACCUCAAGUUACCAAGCCUCUCAGGACAGGUUGUAGACACAGCAUGCAAGGUGUGCCAGGCCUACCUGGGACAGCUGGAGCAUGAGGACAUCGACCUGUCGGACGCGAGCGCCGAGGCCUUGUCCGAGGAGGAAUGGAACGACCUGACACAACAAUACUACUUGCUGGUUCAUGGCAAUGCGUCCAUCACGGAUUCGAGAAGUUACUUUGCUCAGUGCCAAGCUCUGCUGAGUAAGAUCAGCUCUGUGAACCCCCAGACCGAGAUUGAUGGGAUACGAAACAUCUGGAUCAUUAAGCCUGCCGCCAAGUCCCGGGGCCGAGAUAUUGUGUGCAUGGACCGUGUGGAGAACAUCCUGGAUCUGGUGGCCACAGACAGCCAGACCACGAAGGACAACAAAUGGGUGGUCCAGAAGUACAUCGAGACCCCGAUGCUCAUCUAUGACACCAAGUUUGACAUCAGACAGUGGUUCCUUGUCACAGACUGGAAUCCCCUAACCAUCUGGUUCUACAAAGAGAGCUACCUCCGGUUCUCCACGCAGCGCUUCUCCCUGGACAAACUGGACAGCGCCAUCCACCUGUGUAACAACUCCAUCCAGAGGCGUCUCAAAAAUGACAAAGAACGAAGUCCACUGCUACCUUGCCAUAACAUGUGGACCAGCACCCGCUUCCAGGAGUACCUGCAGAAGAGGGGCCGAGGAGGCACAUGGGGUAGUAUCAUCUACCCGUCUAUGAAAAGAGCUGUCACCAACGCCAUGAGGGUGGCCCAGGACCAUGUAGAAGCCCGUAAGAAUAGCUUCGAGCUCUAUGGAGCAGACUUCAUUCUGGGGCGAGACUUCAAGCCCUGGCUCAUCGAGAUCAACUCCAGCCCCACCAUGCACCCCUCCACUCCUGUCACAGCUCAGCUCUGCGCCCAGGUGCAGGAGGACACCAUCAAGGUUGUGGUGGACCGAAAACUGGACCGAAACUGUGACAUCGGCAACUUUGAGCUUCUGUGGAGGCAGCCUGCUGUGGAGCUGCCACCGUUCAAUGGGUCUGACCUCUGUGUGGAAGGUAUCAGUGUGAAGAAAGCCAAGAAGCAAAUGCCGCCCAUUGCCAACCUCGGCUUUUCAGACUCGCUCUUAGAUGCUCCAACCAAAGCGCGGAGCGCCCGGCCCCUGCCGGAGACAGUGAUUGGGCCCUCCAGAAUGACCGUGAGACCGGACUGGAAACGGGAAGAGGCAAAGGUACUUUCAAACACCUGGUCGGUGCCAGUAAUGGCUGCUGAGGUCAGAGGUCAAGCAAAGCCCACCUAUGCAUUCGACGUCAAUAACUACCAACAUGUAGACAGUAAGAUCUAUAAGAACACUUUUACCAAAGUCCAAUCCGGUAAACACUCAGAGGUAAACUUAUUAAGUGCGCAGUAUCCUGCCCUGGUGCUACAGAAUAUGAAAACCACGCAGAGGACCCAGUCUCCACCACCCAGAGCGUCGGGUAGCCGUAGGGAGUCUGUGCCUUUCUGUCCCAUUGUAUUUGAGGAGCUCUGGCUUCACCCCAGAUCUCAGAGAAGACCUUCAAGCUGCGUUCUCCAAAACAGGGCACAGGGCUGGAUCAGGGGUAUCCCCUGAGAGGAUCUCACAAGCAAAGGGGUGCGGGGGCGCACUGGCACUGACCUGGGCAGACACUAGGUGUAAUGUUGGCCAAGGCGAGUAGCAUACUUACUCCUGUCACAAUAGUGGGGUGUCCAGUGGGGUUUCCUCAGUACUCUUGUUUCCUCAGAUAGAGCAGGGAUCCAGGGACAGGAUAUAGCGCUCAGACAGCAUCACGUGCCAUGAAUGUGCAAGGUGGAGGAAUCGCUGAGCUCUUGCACACGCUUUCCUGAAGAUUCAGGUGGCGAGGACACAUCUGUGGUAUGGGCUGAGGUAGCUGAGCUGUGUUUAUACCCAGGACUUCAUGUGGCCACCUGUUAACUGGCAUUGGCUCAGAGAGUGUUGCCUCAGGCCCCCACUUUGCUCUGUUAAAGGAUGCUUGUGCCCCCAUGCUGUAUCCCUCUACCUAGUUAGUCUCUCUUUCUUACUGCCUCCCCCACCCCACCUGGUCCUGUCUAUAGCUCUCUUCUCUGUGUCCCUGGAUGGGAAGGUCUGGAGUAGGGUCUCUCACUGCCCUCUUUGCAGCCGCACCCUACUGCCAAGGAUGGCAGUGAUGUGUGUCAGGCGGACACAGGGAUGUUGCCAGUCGAGGCUUUCGGUGAGCGGGGAGCAUCUGGGUUAACCUCCAUGCCUGUGCCUAAGCCAUCCUGUGUGGAUAACUCUGCAAAUGUGUCUCUAGGAACCCUGGGACUGCGCACCUACAGACCUCUUCCUGUAGGGAAAUGUCAGCAGAAGCAACAGCUCUAGCUGACAAUUUGAGUGUCUCUGUAACAACAACCACACACACGGGUAGCUAAAAAGGGAAGGUUUAACUCUGAUAACCAGGUCAACAAAACCAUGCUGCUGAGGACAGUAGAGACCGUCUCCCCUACAGUUCCUGGUGCCCGCCAGUGAUCUCUGAUGACUGGUGCUUGCUUCGCUCCCGCGCUGAUCUCCAUGCGGGCAUAUGCCUUCCAGUGUCUGUUUAGCAUUCCCUUCCAUAAGAAUAGCGAUCAUCGUGUUAGACCUCCCACCCGCAUUUUAGUAUGACCUCAUUCCGUCAUAGCAUCAGCAAAGACACGAUUUCCAAAGAGGAAGGACAAAAAUCUGGGAGGAUGCGAAUUUCACCCCCGUUGCAGGUAUAGAUUGUACCGAUUCACACUCUGGCCAGCACCCCACGGGCAGCUGUUGCCCGCAACACUGCUGUUCCUGCCUCUUGUGAAGUAUUAGUACGCUUCCCGCAUACCUCCACUUGAUAGCGAAGUGAAAAUUAUCUACUGUCACAUAUUCAGCAACCACUCUGCUUUCUUCUAGAAAGUUCUGGCUUGCAUCUUUGGUCAACCGUCCAGAGGACCCUGGGUCCCACUUUUCUCUUACCUGUCGUAGUUUCUGUUAAAGACUCCCCCCUGUUCUGUUGCAUAUUUGUUACGAAACAUUGUUUCCUACCCUGUAUAUGGUCUUUUCACUUCUUCCUGGUGUUUUUCUUUUUAUGUAAGACCAUCUUAACUUUAAUACAAUCAGUUUAACCAACA